CACAGUAAGAACACACACACCCACACACACACACAGAGGGAGAGAUAGAGAGAGAGAUACACAGUAAGAUCACACAGACACAGUCCUGCUGAGGGAUGUGCAGGUGUAUUCACCCUCUGCUGCUGUUACUCAGCCUCUCCAGAACAUGCUGGAGCUCUUCAUCUGCUGAGACUCUGACUGUCCACCCUGGAGAAAAUGCCACAUUGCCCUGCAACGUUCCUGCCAGCCCUCACAUGGCCUGGUAUCAUCAGAGUGACAACCAGCUGAAACUGAUUAUAUCGGUCAGGAGCGCGAAAGCACAGAUGGAUAUGUUUGAGAAUUAUAAUCAAAACAGCAGCCACUUCUGGUCAUUCGCAGAGCGUCCAAACGACUCUGUGAGUCUGCAUAUCGGGGCUGUUGAACAGUCUGAUGCUGGACUCUAUUACUGCGGUGGUCAAACCAGCGGACAACAUAUGACCUUCGGAAAGGCCAUCCUCCUGACUUUUCCAGGUGCAGAGAGAACUGUGACAGGAACCGGACUCUGCAGGAAGCUGCUCAUCGCCUCUGCCUGCGUCUUCACUCUGGCGCUCCUGGUUUGCGUCAGUGGGCUGUUAUACAGACUCGGCCUCGCAUCGCUCUUCUGUAUGAACUGUGUGAAACAGAACUCCAACCUGAAGGCGGCGGAUCUGCAUUACGCAAGUCUCAGACACACCGCACAGACCCAGGAGAGGCAGCCAGCACCUGCUGACCACGUGAUCUACGACGUGGUUGCCAAAAAGAUCCCCACCGAUCGUGGAGUUUAAGCCGAACACCCAUCUGUCUGUCAGAGUGCAUCGUCUCUGUCAGAGAAAAACUUUGUAUCUCCGUUUUUGCCUUUUUUAUUUUCUCGCAUAAUUUGAAAAGUUGUUCUUUGUCAAAAUUUCACAAUGAACAGAUGAAUAGAAAUUUGUUGACAUCCACUUCCAGUGAAAGUUAGAAAUGUUUCUUCCUUCCCCUGUAAAGUUACUUUUUCUGGAGAUUCAAGGUUUUGUUCCAUGAGCAGAGGUGUCAA